AUUUCAAAAUGAAAGCUGAUCUACCUUUUUUGACGUUUUGUCAUAUUUUGACGUUGUGUAUUGUGGCAAGCAUUGAGUUAAACGAUGAUAAUCCCUUCCGAAUGAAGAGAGUAAAUGCUGUGUGGCGGAAGGGUCAAAGAAUGCUGAAAGGUCAGCGUCUUUCUGAUUUAUACGCAGACCUGGUGGUUCAAGAUAAACGAGAGGGAGAGCUAAAACGACGGAAGGGAGAAAACAUGGACUUUGAUGGAAUGUUUGAGGCUGAAGUUAGAGAUGAAAUGGCAAUGAUAUUGGAGAAAUAUGGGUUGACUCAUCAUUUUCCCUCUGACGUGUAUGGCAGUCGAAGACAGGGAAGGAGGAGACCGGAACACGACAUCAAGGAUAAAAAGUUGCAAAAAAUGAUCUCUAAAGCUGUGAAAGAGGGAUUUUCUGAGGAUGAGAUACACUUGUUGAAGCAGGAGCUUGGCCAUCACCAGCAAAAGAUGGACGAGUAUGAGGACCUCAGACAGGAGUAUGAUGAACUCCAGGAUAAAAUAGACAACUCACUGGAAAACCUAGAUGGGCAAGACGAAGCAUUCACAGUCCUGAAUAAGAAGAGACAAGACAUGAAGGCAAAACACAAGGAGGUACGAGAGUCGCUCAAGACACUAGAGGGAAAGGUGAAGAACAAGCCAGCAGAUGGGGACACAGGACAGGGGGUGGAGUUUGAGGAUGCCCGGGUCUACCAUUUAUGGGCUCUGGCACAAAAGGCAGGCAUGAAUGAAAAAGAACUGGCAUCUCUAAAAACAGAGCUGGGCCACUUUGAGAGCCGUGUACGUAAGGCGGAGUAUCUGAGUGACAAGGUGAAAAAGAUGGACCUCAAGUUUCAAGAGGGACAAGAUGUGAACACUAAAGAGCAUGAGUCUCUCAAGGAAAAGGCUCAGUUCCAUAACAGGAAGGUGGAAAAAUACCAUGAUGAUCUGAAGUCACGGAUUCAAAGAAGAAUAGACUUGUGAUGAAUGAGUUCAUCGUUAUCAUCAUCUUCUGACUCGUCAUAUUUUCAUCACCGGCACUAUCUUCAAUGAAGUUGGCUAUAUUGGCUAUUAUACAGGUGCUGCUUAAUAUUUAGUGCAAGGGGGGGGGGGGGGGGGCGAUACAUUUACAUAUCCUUUAUGCCAUGAUGAUUGGGUCGAUCAGGUUGGUUGAUUAUGGAAGAGUGAAGCUUUGUGAGAACAUUUAUGUGUUUGAAAACAAUGCCUUGUCACUUCAAUUAGAUAAAGUGGAUGUAUGCAUAAUUUAUAAUAAAGUAUAAUAUCUAUAUUAUUAUUUCCCGUAUCAUCUGAUCAGUUUUUCUAUGAACAUGCUGCCUUUUUUUCCAGAUAUUAUGUUAGAAGAAUCUCAUAAAAUUUGCUUUUUUUUCAAUUCAAUUAAUGAAGGAACAUAUUGUUAAGCUUUCCUUGUAAGCUACUUUUAAAUUACAAAUUCAUAAUUAUGUGUAUUUAUCAUUCUGUUAGUAUUUAACUGAUCAUUCCAUAUUAUCAAUAUCAUAUGCUAUUUGUAUAAUAUUAUGGGCAUUUGAAGUUUUAUAAAACUUAUUUUAAUGUCAAUAUUGGAUCUGAAGUGUGACCAUUCAAAGAAAGAAAUCCAAAGUUAUUAUGUAUAAUUCAAUUUUCUCGAAAAUGUUCUUGUUUUUGUGCAAUAUUAUGUGAUGAAAGUCGGUGACCAAUUCAUUUGUUUGCAAUGGAGAGAACAUUGACUUUUUACCUGUAAUGUUUCUCAAGGAUAUAUUUUUUAAAACUUUGCCUUUGAUCAAGACAUUUAAAUAAAACUUUGUACACAUGUUGCAAGAAACAAUAAGCACAUCUUUAGCAAUGCCCAUAACUAUGGUUUAAAAGACUCGAGUUAUGCCCUUACUUUACCAGAAAUAACACAUCAGAUGAGGGUUUAUGUUUGGUCUGUACUGCUCUUGUUAGAAGAAUAUCGAAACUGGGAUCCGUUUCUCUAACUGUGCGUAUUGCUGUUUCUCUCAUACAGUAUGAAUUGUUAUUGUUCUCUAUUAUUAAAUAUUAAAAAUACAUCUUAGAAAGGGUUGUGUCACAAUUGUGCUAUGCAUUUUGUAUUUUUACAUUUAAUUGUUAUUGGAAUGUAUAUAAACACAUCAGGUACCAAA